GCAACGCGGCUCCUUGGCGACGGCGGCAGCGUGAGGGCCGCGGUCGGCCCGGCGGCAGCCUCAAGCGAGGGGUGUAAGGCGGGAGCGGACGGAGGAUGGCGGCCCAGGAGAGCGUGUAUAACCUCCUGCCUCGGCUGGAGGAGAAGCCCGUCAAACCGCCCAGGUAUAUAUCGACAUUUAGGCCGUCUGUGAAGCUUGAAAUAGAACGAAGUAAAGCACAGUGGAAAACUAUGGGGCCAGCAAAAGUUGCGGUGCCAUCUCCAACAAACUUUCUGAAGAAACACUCCAAGGAACCCACUUUACCAGCAAGAAAAAAAGAACAGGAGAGUAGGAAACUGCCUGCAUUAUCAGUACCACGGAGGACAGAUCGCCCAGUUAUGGGAAUUCAGAGUAAAAAGAAUUUUAUAAAAACAAAUGCAGUUGCUGCUAUCACAGGAUUGCCUAAAAAGCCUCAACAUAUUUAUGUUGAUAGAAGACAGGGAGACAAAUACUUGCUUGAAACUUCAGGACUUGUUCCAAAAUAUAUUAAGAAAAAGGAUUAUGGUGUUACACCAAAAUAUGUAACCCAGAGAAGAGAAGAAAUGAAGAAAGCUCAGAAAGAAUAUGAAAACAAUGUUUUGGAGUAUCUCAAGAAAAAAGCCAUGAAACAGCUAUCUGAUGAAGAGAGAGAAUGUCUACUGCAGGGGCUGAAAAAGAAGUGGGAGGAAGUGUAUAACGAAUUUCAGUGUCUUUCAGUAGAAAUAGACACUAUACCCAAGCAGCUGUAUAAAGGAAAGCUGGAAUCACAGAUGAAGCAACUGGAGCAUGACAUAGAUGUAAUUGAGAAGCACAAAGUUAUCUACAUUGCAAAUGAGUAAGGACUGUUUUUCAGACAUUGCCUCUUUCUCUACCCUUGUCCAUCCAAGAAAAAAAACCCAAAGCUCAAAAGAAGUUGAAAUUAUUCAGAAGGAAAUAUUCAAGUAAUAGAAAUAUGCAGCUUCUUAGUUAUUUGUAACAGCUUCUCUAAUUCUCAACUGUACAACUCAUUUUUUUCAAAUAAACUUAAUAUAACUUUAUAUGAACAUGAAUUUAAUCUAUUAUUUUUUGUAAUUUUUAUUGACAACUAAAAUGCCUCUAAACAUCAGGCAUAAAAAAAUACUGUUCUGUAUUGUAUGUAUACUGUAUGUUUGAGGCACUUCUUUCCUUACACAGCCCAAACUAGGUGGAAUAAUUGUCUGCUGAAGACACCUUGGUAAACAUUCGGAGUGGGGUGGCUUCUGCUCUGGUCAAUAAAGAGCUGUUGCAUUUUACUUAAAUGCUUGAAUGAUUAUAUUUCUAAACAGUUUGGUUUCUACACAACGUUUUGUUUAUGUAAAAAUAAUGUGAUAAUACUGUAUUAAAUCUACAACUCAAGUAGAAAAUUGUGCUUUAAUUGCUACUGUAUGUGUAACGUUAGAAUGAAAACAAUAUACAAGCACCUGAGUUGUGUAGAUAGAAAUGAUACAGGAUUGCAUAGUGUACUGCAUCUGUUUCCAUGAAAAGGAAAAAUUCUAUUCUUUCCUACUGGUUAACCUUUGCUUCCAGACACAGCUUUUUCUAUCUUAUAUCAAUUAUUUCCAUCAGCAGCUGUUGUGAGAUCUUUAUAAGUGACAUCAGCACAGGAUGAAGUCAAGAAUUUCAAUUGAACUUCUAAAAGCCAAAUUUUAAGCCUGUCUGGAAAGGGCUUUGAAGAUUUAAUGGUGAUUCUAGGUUACAUUUCUUGUGCAUCUUAAGCUUGUCUUUGCAUCCGCUAGGGGAGCUUGAGAGACAGAUGUCUAUUUUGUUGUUUCUCACUUACAGGAAAGCAAUAAUGUUUACUUUUGAAAAACAAAAAAUGUGGGAUAAAACUCUUUUCAUGAAUAUGAAUUUCGUUUACUGCUUACUCGUGAUUUAUACAGUAUAGUUCAAGAGCACCACUGUAAUCACUUAAUAACAUGCCACUUUAUCUGCUAAUGAAGUACAGGGCGCCUUUCUUAAAAAAUGCUGUACAACCAAACAUGACUGUUAGUUUUGACUUCAAAACAGCAUGCAUUCCCACUGCAUCAUUCUCAGUUUUAAGUAGGCCAUUUGACUGAACUAGGCUGAAGAUCUGGAUUUGGGUCUUUGUUUUAUCAUCAGUGCUAUCUUAAAAUGCAGAGUUGGAGUCUGCAUAUCCCAAAAGUGAGGAAAAGCAAGUUAGUGUGCAGACCUGAGAGCAGAAUUUCUGUUGCUAAUGGAAGUUAUAAUGUUCUUCAGUUAUAAAACAUUUUUAACUGUCUUCUUAGUUUAAAACAAAAUAAAACAAAAACCUAUUAUAUAGAAACACGUCAUUUCACACAUUUCUUAACAUUUCAACAUAACAUUACAGUGCCUUUUGUUACUUUGUUUUUACUUAUAGUUCAAUUAGUUUUCUUCAGCCGAAGUUUCAGACCUCCUUCAUCUUUAUGGCAUUCUGGCCAUUAUGGCAACACAAGCUGGAGGUUUUUUCUGAACAGCUAAGCAAUAUGUAAUUUAAUGUAACUAAGAAAUUGUGUGUAAUAAAUAUGCAGUUCAAAAUUA